UAUAGGUAUAACACUGACAGUAAUAAAUCAGCAUCAAGAUGAAACUGGUAUACAUAAUUAUAGUGUCGUUUAUAAGCUGCACAUGUACAAAUAGCGGAAAUUGUCCAGGAAGAUGCAAAUAUCAUUAUGGUGAACCAGGCAAAGUUACAUCAUGUGAAUGUUAUUCAACAGAUAAAAUGUAUGUCAAGAUAAGUGAACUCCUACAGUGUAUACCAAACACAGUAAUACAACUUGAAUUAUCAGAGUACAAUUUCGGGACUAUUUCAAAUGGAUCUUUUCAACAUUUACCAAAGUUGGGAAUAUUGAAUAUGACAGAAUGUAAUAUUACAGUUCUGGAGAGAAAUGGAUUUAAUGGAUUAAAAGACUUGUAUCAACUAGUGAUCAGUGACGUGCACAAAAACAGCCCUGGUUUUGUGUUGUCUGAACCACGCUAA